UAAUCUUUGUGAGUUUGGCAUUGCCCAAACGUUUUACUCUCACCUUCACCAAAGCCUUUGCCCGUUUCUUUAAACCGACCCACCUCCUUCUCCUCCUCUUCUCUCUCCCUUUCAUUCUUUUCCGCCAUUUUCAUAAUCAACCUCAAGCUUUUUCCAACCCCAAUUCCCUUUUUCAUCUCCUAACUUGACUUACAACGUUCUUGAAUUGAAAGGCUUCCUCUAUUUUUCAUAGAAUCGCAGCAUAGCAAGCUCCAAAUCAUCAAUCAAGCUCAUGUCUAUUCCGCCUGAUAGAUCAAACCCACUUCAUAACUUCUCUUUGCCGUGUCUCAAAUGGGGUUCUCAAAGAUUCCUCAAGUGUAUGAAGGUUUCUUCUAACUCCAACCCUUCUACCCUUGAUCAUCCUUCUGUUCAUCGCCAAUCGAAAUCUUAUCAAUUUCGUGCCAGACCCAUUAAUUCUAAGGCUAUGAACUUCACCAAGGUUACUUCUCCGAUGAACACGAAUCAUUCCAAACAGAAACCAAUCCACGAUCGAAGCAGUUCUAUUGAAAUCAUGCGAGAGAAGAUCAUGCUUGAUAUUAGGGAGGAAUCGAAGAGACUUAAAUUUUCAAUUACUGAUGAAGGGGGUGAGGAUGAAUCUGCUGCGGCUCGACCGUGGAAUUUGAGGACUCGUAGAGCAGCUUGUAAGGCUCCUCUAGAUGAGAGGAAUCUGGAAUUGGGUUCUUCUUCAACCAAGGCUACAAUGAAGAAGAAGAAGAAGAAUCGCACUGCGUUAAUUGUGUCGUUGUCGAAAGAGGAGCUUGAAGAGGAUUUUGCGGUGCUGGUUGGUAGGCUACCGAGGAGGCCAAAGAAGAGGCCAAGAGCUGUACAAAAGCAAAUGGAUGCACUGUUUCCGGGGUUGUUACUGACUGAAAUUACUCUAGAUUCAUAUAAAGUUGAAGAUGUUCCUGAAGCUUGAAAGGUUCCAUUUUCUUUCUAUGAUUGCCAUUUGGGAAUUGGAUGCAGGUGAGAGCAUGAAAUCAUUUUGCUGUUGUGGUAACAUAUUCCUCUGUUUCUGUUACAAUAAUGCCAAAAACAGGAUGUGUAAAUAAUUAGCAAAAUAAACGUUGAAGUAAUUGUAAAUUUUGUUAGCCAAGUUUCUUGGUUGUUCUGUUCACUGUACAACUCUUUAACUAUCUGAAAUGCUAUACAAUGCAAGGCAUAUUGGUUGUUGGGCAAGGUAAACUUUACCUCUAUUCAAUAGGAGGACUUUUCUAUUAAGUACAUAUUACCUACAUUGUUGCACUCUGUUGAAGAGAACCCUUUAUGUAUUAUUUGUCAAUUGCUUUGAUGGCAGCUUCAAAAUCCUGAAAUAAAAUGUAAAGCCAAUUUAUUUA